GCGAUAACCUCUGGGAUGUAAUUAAAAUGUUCAUAAAUGUUAUUGAUAUUUCUCGACUUGAAACGAUUGCAUUAAACAGUAAUGCUCAGUAAAUUAGUUCUAACAAUUUCGUUCUCCUUAUGUUUCCUCUGUGCCUGUGUACACAACGAGGAAUAUGUCUCGCAGUAUCUUCAAAGCAGGAGAACCACAAACUGGUUUAAUUAUGUGGGAAAAACGUACUACGUGGAUACCGUUUUUAAGACAAAUUAUUACAAAGCAAUGCAUUAUUGUCGACAACAGGGAAUGCAAUUACUUACUAUAACUUCUGAAGCGGAAAACAAGAAAAUCGAGGAAUAUUUAAAAGAAAAAGGUUUAAAUGGUAAUCGCUAUUGGACAGCAGCCACGAAUCUAGGAGACAGGCCUGACAGAUGGGUAUGGUCAUCGACAGGCCACCUCAUAACCUACUUCAAAUGGGACGCGGGAGAACCGAACAACACCGAUUCGGAAAAUUGCAUAGAAGGAGCUUGGUUUACGACAAACGGUUUCACAUGGAACGACGUCACGUGUCUCAGGAGUAACCAUUUCAUCUGCGAAGCUACCACAGAUUGCUACAAUUUAAAGUGCUAAAUAGAAAGCUGGCUUAUUUCUCAAGUUUUUUUUCUAGGAUAAAAUUGAAAUUCGACGAG